AUGGGAUAUGAUUUCAGAAUACUUUUACGACCAUUGACAAUCAAACUUGGUAUACAGGAACGUCGUAAACCAGUAUUGGUACCCAACCCGGUUCUAGAAGCUGCGUACAGACGGACAAAAAAGAAGCCAGUUGAUAUUGAGGUAUUAUCAAAGCAAACAGAUUUGAACAGGAGACAGAUUGAGGUUUGGUUUAGAAAUAGAAAGAAAAUAGAUUCUCAUACAACUUUACAAAAAUUCUGUGACAGCGGAUGGCAUUUUCUCUUCUAUGCCGUUUCAUUUACCUAUGGCUAUAGCAUUAUAUUAAAUAAACCAUGGUUCAGUAAAACUAUAGACUGCUGGGUGGGAUGGCCGUUACAGAACGUCACCAACGAUGUAUACUGGUAUUAUAUGAUAGAACUUGCAUUCUACUGGAGCCUGAUAUUUACACUCAUUUAUGACCCAAAGAGAGCAGAUUUUUACCAGAUGUUUAUACAUCACAUUGCCACUAUUGUUUUGAUGAAUUUCUCGUGGAUGGUCAAUUUUGUACGAAUUGGAACACUCGUGCUUAUCGUGCACGAUGUUGCAGACCCAUUACUCGAGCUUACAAAGAUGGUAAAUUAUUUAAAGUGGAAGAGAACAACCGACUGUGUAUUUAUUGUUUUUGUUAUUGCUUGGAUUACAUCGAGGCAUAUCGUAUUCCCCUAUGC